AAACAUAAACAUAGGCCUCUUCAUAGUCGUCACUGCCAGAGGAAAAUCAAUUUAAUUGUGAGAUAAGGGACUAUAAAAAGUGCAGAUCUUCUAGAUCUACGCUGCGAAAUGGCAAGCAUUCACUCGCUCAGCAUUCGCGGUAUUCGCAGCUUUGGAAUAGACGCUGAAGAUGAAGAGACCAUUAAAUUUAUGUCGCCCAUCACUUGCAUCGUCGGACAGAAUGGUUGCGGAAAAACGACCAUCAUCGAGUCCUUGCGGUAUGCCACCACAGGACAAGCUCCGCCCGGCACUGACAAGGGCAAGAGCUUUGUCUACGACCCCAAGCUGAGCCGAGCUGGUGAGUCUCUUGGCCAGGUGAAACUCAGGUUCAACAGCACGAGAAAUACCGUCAUGCAGAUCAAAAGGUCCAUUCGCUGCGCUAAGAAUAGAAGCGACAAAUUGGAAAUGAAAACACUUGAGCCAACUCUUGAGUACAUAGACAAACAGGGAGAGAAACAUGUAGUCUCAGGAAGAUGUCAAGAUGUGAGCAGUCUGGUUUAUGACAACCUUGGUGUGUCUCAAGCCAUCCUAGACAAUGUUAUUUUCUGCCAUCAAGAUGAAUCUAACUGGCCAUUGGAUGAGUCUAAAAAGCUCAAGGAAAAGUUUGAUGAUAUUUUUGAUGCCGCGAAAUACAACAAAGCCUCUGAAGCAUUGACCAAAUUGAUCAAAAAGAAAAUUGAAGAUCUACGAGUGGCUAAAGCUCAGUUGACAGAGCACAAAAUAAACUGGGAAUUUGUUCAGAAGAAAAGACAGGAGUUGGAUCGAGUUACCAAGAGGUAUGAAAGUGGCCAAAAACAAAUAGAUGAAAUGAAAGCUGAAGUGAAACCCAUGGAAGAAGAGCUGAGGCAAAUGCACCACAGAGAGGGCCACUACAAUGAAUUAAACACCAAAAUAUCAACGUUCGAAAGCUCUAAAAAUGACUUGAAUGGUCAGAGGAGCCACUUGAAAAAGCAAAUUAAAAAUUUGCAUCGUGGUUCCAAAAGUGACCUCCAAGAAGAAAUUCACAACUUUGAAGCUGGCCUUAAAGCCAAGGAAAGGGAAAUAGUCAAUCUUGAGGAGGAAAUUUCAAAGUUAAAUGACGAAGAAAAAUCUUUGAGCAACAGAAUUCAGCAAGAACAGUUAGAGUUGGGAAAGCUCACUCAAGAGGAGAAGAAUCAUCAAGACAUUCUUCGAACCCGUUUUGAAACUCUAAAGAGCUUUGCAAUAGAGUUGAACAAGAGUGUGGACAUAGAAAAUCCUCAGGACAAGUUGGCUUGCGUAAAUGCCUACAAAGCUAUUGAAAGUGGUAUCAAGGAGUUUGAGUUAAACUUCCAGAAAAUCACUGAGAUGCAAGAAUCUGUGGAAAACUCACUGGAGAAAGACAUAUAUGGUCUCAGGGAUGAGCUCUCAAAAUCCCGUGGCUUGGUGGGCCAGCUUGAGAAGAGCAUCAAAGAGAAUGAGGAGCAACUUCGAUCUAACUCUGCUCAAGUGAAGAAGGUCGAUUCUGGUCUUGCCAAAGUUUCGAUUUUAGAAAACCGCCUUAGCAGAGUGGAGGAAGAGUUGAAGGCUGAAGAAGAGCACAUGAAUGUGGAACAGUCCCAGAGGGAAAUUGUUAGCACACAGUCUGAACGGAAAGACUUGGAAGAUGAAAAAGACGUGAUUACCAAGGAAAUCAAUGCUCUCCAGCUUGCCAAAGGCCAUCAGACUGAGGUUGAUAUUUAUAAGAAAAACAUUGAUGAGAAGACUAAAUCCAUUAGCAUACUCAUGAUGAAACACCAAGAGAGCCUGAAUAUGCUUUUUCCAAUUGUUCCUGAGAGCAAACUUAAAUCUGCUGUGGAUGAAAUCGUUAAGAAAAAUGAGAAGGAGCGAGCUGCUCUUCAAACGUCUGUUCAAGAAGCAAAGAACUCCCAAUACCGUGUGAACGCGGAUCUUGAUCACUGCAGGAAACAAGUUGCUGAUUCUGAGAAGAAACUUCAAUUUGAAGUGAAUAAUAUCAAAGAAGAGUGUGGAGAUCAAGAUUUAGAUUCAGUGCUUAGAGAAAUUGAAGCUGAACUUCAAAAAGCCACAGACCAAAAAGGCAUCCUUGAUUCUUCAUGUGUUAUGUUUCGCCGCUACGUUGCUUUACUGAAAAAGGAUGAUCCUUGCUGUCCACUUUGUCACAGGGACUUUGCAGCUCAGAAGGAGUCUGAGAAAUUGAUUCAAGAACUUAAUUCCAAAAUGAAGGACUAUCCAUCAAAAAUGAAAGAAUGCGCUGAGAGCCAACAGAAACUGCAACAAAAACUGAGCCAACUCCAACAGUUGAUUCCAUCGCAGAAGAGAAUUGACAAUUUGCGUUCAAAUGAAAUUCCUCAACUCAGAGACCAGAUCGAAGAUUUAGAAAUGUCUUUGGCUGCUGCUAACGCUGAGGAAAGAUCUGCAAGUGAUAAACUGAAAGUUCCUGAAAGGAUUCUGAGUGUUGCUGAGACUUUGAGGUCGGAAAUGGCGCUAGUUGACAAAUUUCAGGAAGAGAUAUAUUCCCUUCGUGAAAAGCUGAUGAGUGUGGAGGACAAACUUGAAUUAUGUGGCUCCACCAGAAGUUUGGAGGAAGCUCAAGAAGACCAAAACCGCAUUACUCUUGCAAUUAAAAAACUGCAAAAAGCAGCAGAAGAAAAGCAGAAUGCAUUGAAUCAACAUCAGCAAAAGGUCAAUGAAAUGAAAGACCGUAAAAACAACCUCACCAAAGAGUUGCUGGAGAUCAGAUCAGGGGAGCAACAAAAGACUCAGCUCAUGGACCUUGUGAAAAAACUGACUGAGAAAGACAAGCAGCUCAAAAAAGAACUAAAGAGCGCAGAAGGAGAAAUAGAGCCAAAACAAAGAGCUCUAGCCUCGGCUGAGGAGGAGAAAAGUAUUGUGAAAGCAGAGCACAGCUCCAUCAAAGAAAAGCACCAGAAAGAACUGUUACAAUUUAGAAGUAGAAUGGCCAACCUCAAAGAUGUGAACAAAGUGCUGGAAAAAUAUGAAGCCCGGAAUUUGUCCCUGAAGCUGGAGAAUUUGAAAUCAAAUGUUGCAAAGCUGACUGAAGAGAAGGAGAAGCUGGUUUUGAAAAAGGAGAGUUUGGCUAGCAAAAAUGCUAGGUUGCAAAAGGACAUGGCAACUCAAAAUAUGAAGCAAAGAGAUUUAAAUGACAAUCUCCGCUUGAUUGAUCUGGAGGAGCAAAUUUCUGGCAUCGAUGCUAAGCUUUCGGAGCUGAAGGAUGAACUGGGAAGUCUUAACUACGGGGAGCUUAAAGACAAAAUCAAGAAGCUCUCGAGAAGCAUGAAUAAAAUCGAUACUGAGAUUGCCCGCAUGGAAGGAUCACAGCUUGAGUUGAUGAUAAAAAUUGAAGAAAUCAAAACCGAGCUGAAGAAAGAUACAAUGAUGAAGGCUGAAAAUAGAUACAAGGAAGAGCAAGUGAAAAUAGUGGUGGAUGAGCAAAUCAUCAAGGAUAUGAAGACUUUCUUCCUAGCACUCAGCAAUGCCAUCAUCCAUUUCCAUAAGGAGCGAAUGGAAGAAGUAAACCGAAUCAUUCGAGAGCUUUGGGUUUCAAUUUACAAAGGGUCGGACAUUGAUCACAUUGAGAUCAAAACUGAAUCUGAGGAGAAACAAACAACAAGCAUAAGGAGGAGCUACAAUUAUCGUGUCAUCAUGGUGAAGAAGGGUAGUGAACUUGAUAUGCGUGGAAGAUGCAGUGCUGGCCAAAAGAUGCUGGCAUCCUUAGUGAUUCGCAUUGCCUUAGCGGAAACAUUCAGCGCCAGCUGUGGAAUCCUGGCAUUAGACGAGCCUACCACAAAUUUAGAUGCCUGCAAUGUCGAAUCCCUUGCUGCAUCUCUGAUUGACCUUGCACAAAGCCACAGAAUGCAAAAGAAUUUCCAGUUGUUAGUCAUCACUCACGACGAGGAGUUCAUUGAGAAGCUAACCCAGGCCCAACUGAUCGACGGAUUCUACCGCAUCUCACGAGACGCACAGGGACAUUCCAAAAUCAAGAAAUUUAGAGUAGGCUACGACGGUGUUGAAGAUGAGUCUGAUAAAUGAAGCAUUUUUUGUCAGAACGCAAUUAAAAAAGCAUUAUUAAUUAUUGA